GAGAGGGCUCUUUCCAAAGUGCUAUCCUCAGACAAGAAAUCCCGACCUCUUGUUUUUACCUGGCAAGAUGUGGAAGUCAUGGAGUCAGUGAAGAAGGCCCUGAAACCACUUCAGGACUUCACUGAUGCCAAGUCUCCUGGCACCUGAGGAGGAAGAGACGGAGUUGUGCAAGUCCAUCAAGGCUCACAUUUUGGAGUACCUGAAUAUUAAAUAUUCAGAGCAGAAAACCAGUGACCUGUUGGACAUUGCCUCCCUACUGGAUCCCCGAUUCAGGGCGAGUUACAUCGCCAAAGAGAGGCUUGAAGGGCUGAAAUGCACAGCAAUCCAAGAAGCAGAGGCUUUGCUCCGUGAUCAGGGUGGCACUUCACAUGAGCUGCCUGGCCCAGCAGCUGAGCCUCAGCUUGAUGAGCCACCAGCCAAGAAGAGGAAAACCCUGUCCAGCUUCUUCAAGAAGUCCACACCGUCUUGCACCACCACUGUCACAACAAGGGAGGCUGUUGAAAAUGAGUUCUCCAGCUACCUUACGGCAGCCUGCAUUGACAGUGAGGCCAACCCUCUCCAGUGGUGGAAAGACCAUGAGGUGGCCUUUCCAGCUCUGAGUUGCCUGGCAAAAAAAUACCUCUGUGUGCCAGCCACCAGCUCCCCCUCUGAAAGGGUUUUUAGUUGUAGUGGGAACAUUGUCACCUGUCAUAGGGCAUCGCUAAACCCUGACACCGUGGAGAGGCUUGUUUUCCUAGCCAGAAAUCUGGAGUAG